AUGUAUUCUAAUGACGUGUUCGAUGUUAUGCAGCGUCUCUUGCAGGACGCCGACAUCCGCCUUGCCCGUUGCAUCGUGCACCGGCGAUCGCUCGCGUACAAAGAGUCAACAUUUACUCGAUGGAAAUUCGCCUUGUUUACCGACAAAAUCGCGGAGCCACGGUUCCGGCUGGAGUCCUGCUGCGAUCGUGUGAUUUUCAAAGAUCUGGCCGUCGUCGUGCAAAACAAGUGGGAGGCGCCCCUCUUAGAGUUCCGCGUUCCCCUGAUCGUCUUCACUCGGGGAGCGGUCGAUGAGGCGGACGUUGUGGACCUGUUCGAGAAGCAUCUGCACUACGAGGGGCCGCCGGUAGAUGUGCAGCAAGUAGCCCAUUUCAUGGGCAAUCGGAUCAUCACUGAAGAGGGAGCGACGAUCGUAAAGAAGAUUCUGCGGGACUACCAAUCCAGCGAUCCGCGUCCGUCGGCACGGUAUCGGGAACACCGGUGGUGUGUGUACAAUGUGGCCGGCGUGGACGUGGGCAGGCUGAAUAGGUUCAGUCUGUGUAUCUUAUGGCGCUACACGCAGUACUGGUCCGCAUACGAGAGCGCACACCCUGUGCAACUGGCACCCAGCGACCCGGAGUCCGAGUCCGAUGAGUAGAAAGCGCACUUUGUUGAAUUUUGCUUAGAUGUUUACCGUCGAUGUUGAUUGUUAAUCAUGGUAGGCAGAACGGUAUGACCUGUAGCGGUUGAGAUCUUCAGGGUCACGACGCCGCCUUGCUUAAUAUCUAUUCGUGUUUGUUUUCGCCACGCGUUUUCUCGUGUUUUCGUUCUUAUUUUACAUGCGUUUUCAUCGAUCUACAACACAGCUACG